AUGCUAAAAAAGCAAGUUUGCAGAGAUGCCAUCCGCGCCGCACGGGAACCUGAUGCGAACGGUAUGCCGCAACCGAAGCGUCGUCGACUGCGUCGGCAUCCUGUUUGGAUGUUCUUCAAGGAUCUCGAAGACCGCGUUGACAAGCGAAGAGCUUCUGAGCAGAGGUGUAAAGUGAACUCGUUUCAGAUGGUCGGCUGUAUCAACUGCAGUUUCCGUACCGGUUCGGCUUUCAGCACUAAUCUGAAGAUGCAUUUGAAAGCGCAUCACAAAGAGGACUACGAGAGGGUACUGAAACUCGAAGGCGAUAUGCGUGUCGAGGAGAAUGUAACUGGUCCACCGAAUAAGAUCAAAAAUGAGCUGAUCGACUUUCAUUCGUGGUGGAGGAAAUGCAAGCACAGCUACCGCUGCGUGAGUAUAGGAAAAAGUUUAUGCACUUCAAAACCUUGGAUGUUGCGAUACACGGGAUUUUUCGACCUUGUUGCCAACAUGGUGAUGAUAAGACCUCCCCCGUUCCCCCGAGCUCAUCCAUCAGCUCCGCGAGCAUCUCCGCUGAUUCAGCAGUUCAUUAGUCAAACAAUGGCAGCACGGCAAGGGAACGAUUCAUCGAAGAAGGAUAGCUUGGACGAGGAUCCAUUCAAUGGCAUGUCGAUGUCGGACAAACUGGCCGCUCUCGUUGGUUUGGUGCCAGCACCGGGUGGAGUUGAAGGCGAGAUCAAACAAGAGGAUGAACCUGAAGAGCCCGUCCCAUCCGUGCAGAGCGCCUUCGAUGAGAUUCGACGAGCAGCUGACAACAUGCUGGCGGCGAACAUGGGCCUAGCUCCACCUCCACAAGAGCAAACGAUUGUGAAUCUGAAUGUGGAUCCCGACACGACCGCCACCGCUGAAACGUUCCUGUCCAGCUUAACGCUAUUAAAUCAGCUUCUAACUUCAUGUAGUGGUGGCGACAUCGGUGAUGGUGCUGGUUCUUCGUCUGAAGGGUCCGCUACGGAAACACCGCCAAUAUUUGAUGUGUCUACACUUACCUACGAUGGCCUGUUCGACGGGUUGACGGCCCUUCAGAAGCAUUUCGGGGUCGACGAACUGACCUCGUUCGUGAUCACAAUUCAGUUGCUGCAAAGUUCAGCGAAAAACGCCGAAGAACGGGUGAUCGUCGACAGUGUUAGUGGUGGACUGGAGCGCAUUUACAACCUAAAUUUUGAGACAAAUCGAAGUGAACGUACGAAAAAACUGAUAUCAGAGAAAAUGAAGCUGAAGCGGUUGUUUGAGACCAGCGAACAGCGCGAGCACCGUUUGCAACGAAUGAAAGAACGCUAUCGCCAGCAGCGAGAGGCUCAGGAAUGCGAGAAACCCGAUCGUCGUAAAGAAGGAGCAUCGCAGUGUGACCAGCACUGCAGCCAGGUGCAAUUAUGA